UUUCUUUGUGGGGCGUUCAGCAGCACAUUAUCGUCGCGUCUAUCCACGGCUCCAGGAAUGGACUGACUUUCUAGCACCACCACUGACAAGUCCACUCUGUUUCUUCACGACUCCUCGGAUAAACCUUAAGAGUUUAACUCAAGCCUGGGAUCAUUUUAAUUUGAUGUUGAUUAGCCGUCUGAGCGACACAGAUUGUCUUUUCACUCGCGCGACUUAUUUUUAGCCGCUGGACGAAACUGGAUUGAACUUAAACGAACCCGCAGACAUUUUGUUAUUUCUGAGAAUAAGAGCGUUUUUUUCCCCCCUUACUUUUUCAUCAGUCGCAGCUGGCUGAAGCGAGCGAACGGAAAGCUUUAAAGGACCACUACAAGGCGAAGGAAGAAACAAUAACCCUCUCUGCUCACUAACUAAAUCCAGACACCACAGUGUUCAUAUCGUUUUUAAUUUACACGCGUUGAGCUCGCAUCGCUGCCGCUUGUGCGUUAAAGGCGGAAGGCUUGCAACUGCGAUGGAGCAUUUUGACUGACAGCUUUUGAAGAAUUAGCUAGCUUAGCCAGUGAGGAACCAGCACUGGUGGUGGUUUCCUGUUUACAGACGCAGUAAAUACGGGCUCGGGACAAGUAACGUUACAGCUGAAUGGUCUUGCAUCAACCAGACAAGACACCGGCUCUUUUAACUCGCGAACGACGUCAAAGUACUUCACUUAUAUUCGGCUUAAUUUCUUUAGUGGGGGUCGCUAGCUACCGUUAGCCAGCUAGCUAGUCAUCCUGCUAUCGCUGGACAGCUCCUGUGUGAGGCAGGCUAACGUUAGCUUUGGACAAAGGACCAACGCAGGGAAAAUAUAAACACAGGGCACUCAGUCGAUCGUGUUUGGGAAGGAAAGCAACAAACAAGGAAUUGACAUGAUGUUUCCACAAUCAAGACACUCAGCUUCAUCGCAGCAGCUGAAAUUCACAACCUCGGACUCCUGUGACAGGAUCAAGGAUGAGUUCCAGUUCCUCCAAGCACAAUACCACAGUUUGAAGCUUGAGUGCGACAAGUUGGCCAGUGAGAAGUCAGAGAUGCAGCGCCAUUAUAUCAUGUACUAUGAGAUGUCCUACGGGCUCAAUAUUGAGAUGCACAAACAGGCUGAGAUAGUGAAGAGAUUGAACGGGAUCUGCGCACAAGUCCUCCCCUACCUGUCUCAGGAGCACCAACAGCAGGUCCUGGCAGCCAUAGAGAGAGCCAAGCAGGUCACCCCCCCUGAGAUGAACUCCAUCAUAAGGCAGCAGCUCCAGGCUCACCAGCUGUCUCAGCUCCAGGGCCUGGCCCUGCCCAUGACCCCCCUGCCGCUGGGCCUGACCCAGCCCACCCUUCCCGCCGUCACCACCUCCUCCGGCCUCUUCUCCCUCUCCUCCCUGCUGGCUUCCCAAGCCCAGCUGGCCAAGGAGGAGAAAGCUUCACGUGACGGAGUUGACAGCCACCGCGAGGAGGACGGAGACAAGUCUGAUUAGAUGGUGUCCCUAUUCAGCUCUGUUUUUGCCCAGAGACCUGAAUCCCCAGAUCUGAACCCCCUUGGUCUACAGCCUCUCCCCUGGUCUCCCUCUCUCUGACCUUAGCAACAUGGGCUUCAAGCCCAUCACCACAGCUCCAGCUAGUCCUGAUCGCUUCAUAUUUACCAUCCUUGGGUUGUUUCUUUCAUUCACACUUCUCACCAUCAGUGUCUCCUGUGUCCUUUCUCCAAAUACAGUCUCUUUUUUUUGUAUGUGGUUAAGCUCCUUUUAUCUUUUUUUCAUCAGGACUGCUUUCUUUUUCUGCUCCUUCCUGCCUUCCUGUUGCUGUGUCUCGGUUCUUAUUCCUGUUGAGUUUCUGUUCUUCCUCCCACUCUCACCCACCUCUUGCCUCUGUUCUAAGCGUGUCCUUGUUAUGCAGGACUGAUCCUGAGACUGAACACACUGUACUGUAGGUGUUAAAACAAGCUAAAUGUUAAACACAGGCAUUCUUUGGCAAGCUGUAACACUUGUCAGACGCAACACAGGAUUGCUACACACUUCAUUUUCCUUAGAAAGAGGUCUGACAGAGAUCAGUAGUGGGGAUAUUUUUGGCAGCACAGAUUGCAUGCAUUCAUUCCAAGCUACAAGUUGGUUUAGAGUUUAACGGUGAAGUGUUAUGGAUCAGAGAAGUGUUUAAAUAGUGCCCCGACUCAAAAGCGAAACAACCCAAAACACGUCCUAACCAAAAAACCUGCAAGAAAGCAGCAGACAUGUUGUAUUGAGAAGACAAAGUAGAGAUGUGUGUUUACUCCGAAAUUUACAUUGAGAAAGGAUAAGCACCUUCUUAGAGCAAACUUCAUGCUGAGAGCUGUCAGAUUAGAGAACAAAACCCACCCAACUAAGUAAUCUCUCCCGCACCCCCCCCCCCCCCAAAUUUGUAAUCCUUGCAUGACCCUAUGAGGUACGUUAGAUAAAUCCACCCAGCACCUUAACUGAAAGGCAACAUUUUCUAAAGUAGUUACAUAAACAGAGAUGCCGCUCGCAUCCUGCACCCCCCAACACCAUUUGCAUCUUUAAUGGGGGGGGGGGUGCAUGUUGUGUGUUUGACAGCAGAGGGCAGUGUGUAUCUUCCAGAGCAAAGAAGGACAGGACAAGUACAGGCUGUGUCACAAGAAGGAAUGUGUGUACAAACUUAGUAUACAGAGACGAGAAUGGUGACAUUAAUCUCUGCAUGCAGUCAGUCCCAGUCUCGGUCAUGAUCCAGUUCUAGAGAAAUAGUCUUUGGUCUGUUUUUAAGGAACAUCUCAGCGUGACACAGAGACACAACUGGACCCACGUUUUUGAUCCCACUGUAAAUCCUGAUUUAAAUACUGUCCAUUUUGAUUUGCUGUACGUAUAGAAGUCUGUCACAUAUCAGACUAACAUUACGCGUGCGGUUUAACACCUACGUGCAACACUUAGCGGGACCUAACCCAAUGACAGAUCACACAGACGAAGCACAAGCGUCUUCCACAGCAGCUUCGAUGAGUAAAAACUCCCCCUCAACUUCACAGGCCCUGUUUUCAAUUACCUUGUCUCAAUAAGCCUCUCGUCAGGUGGAAGUUGGCUGGAACUAUGCUGGGAAUAAUAGGAUGGAUGGAUGGAAUUGUAUAGCUCCCUCAAAAAUUCCCAGUGGCCCGGUGGUUAACACCCGUAUUAAAUAAUAACUACAUCCCCAGUUUGAUACUGGAAGUCUGUGCGACACAAUAAAAACACAAUAUAGUACUCUCUCCAUUACAUUUGGGUUUAAUUACUUAACACUGAACAUGACACAGAAACACACGCAUGCCUUUUCUUAGCCUCCCCUCUCCGAUUUAAUGGCUACACUGUAAGAAUCAAUUGAUGUGAAGUGUGAAAUAAACAAUACUU